UCAUAUGACAGAUUAGUAAAUUUAAAGCAAAUUUAUGGGGAGUUGCAUGAAAUUUGUGAACUGAUCAACAUCACAUUUGGAUGGUCUUUACUCACAAUUGUUGCACAGAAUUUUAUUGACUUCAUUGGCCACAACUACAGAUUAUUUUUGGCUUUCGGAAAAUCAGAAAUAAACUUCGAACAUGUUGGUGAAAGUGUAGCUUUACUCAUACCGAUUACAGUUAUGCUAGGUGCCAUGGUCUUUUAUUGCUCGUCAUGUUCACGACAAACACGAUUCUUAGGCAGCUAUUUGCAUCGCAUUAAACAGAGUAAUGAAAAUGAUCCACAAAAUGAUCUGAUUAGAGAAUUUUCCAUACAAUUGCUGCACGAUCCUAUCUUUAUAUCAGCAAAUGGAGUGUUCCACAUCGAUUUCAAUUUAAUCGGUUCGUUAAUAGCGUUGACCAUUACAUACAUGGUGAUUUUGAUCCAAUUUGAGAUGUCAACCAGAGGAAAACCGAUAAGAAAACCAAUAAUGAAGCCAAUGGAAAAUGGAACAAAGCAAUUAAUCCAUUAGCGAUAUGGACUCGUAUUUAUGUAAACACUCAAAACCGAAAGAUUAAA